AUGUUUGAAGGCUUCCAACCGUUCACCGUCACCACGCAGGCCUCGCCGACGGUGACCACCUUCGGCAUCAAGAGCGGCGACUCGUCCUCGCCGCUGCCGCCCCUCCUCCUCCUCCACGGCUGCCCCCAGAGCCACCACAUAUGGCACCGCGUGGCCGAGCAGGUCGUCGACCGGUACACCGUCGUCGCCGUCGACAUCCGCGGCUACGGCCGCUCCUCGAAGCCCGAGGGCGUCGAGUCCUACGCCAAGAGCGCCAUGGCCCGCGACUGCGUGACCGUCAUGGACCACCUCGGCUACGCCGGCAGGCCCUUCUUCGUCUGCGCCCACGACCGCGGCGCCCGCGUCGCCCACAAGCUCUGCGUCGACAGCCCCGACCGUGUCCGCGCCGCCGUCCUCCUCGACAUCUGCCCGACGCUCGUCAUGUACAAGACGACCGACUUCCGCUUCGCCCGCGCCUACUUCCACUGGUUCUUCUUCAUCCAGCAGGCGCCCCUGCCCGAGGAGCUCAUCGGCGCGUCGCCCAAACGCUUCGCCGAGCUGUUCAUGCUCGGCCGCGACCCGCGCUCGCUCGCCGUCUUCGGCCAGGACAACUUCGACUACUACGUCAGCGUGCUGGAGCAGCCCGAGGCGGUGCACGCCAUGUGCAACGACUACCGCGCGAGCGCGACGCUGGACCUCGACGAGGCCGAGGCCGACCUCGCCGCCGGGCGCCUGAUCCGGUCCCCGCUGCUGGUGCUCUGGGGCAAGCAGGGCGUCAUCGAGGAGUGCUUCGACGCCGUCAAGGAGUGGCAGGCCGUCACGAGCGAGGACAUCUCGGUGAAGGGGUACAGCGUCGAGUCCGGCCACUACAUCCCGGAGCAGGCGCCGGACGACGUUGUCAAGGCCAUCACCGAGUUCCUGGUUUAG